GCAGCACGAUGGUAAGGCAGCUUGCUUGGCAACGGAUCACCGCCUCUCGUAGGCUGGCUCCGAGAUGCCUUCCCCCACAACGACUGUUCAGCCGCCGUGGUCUGGCCACGGAGGCUUCUUCGAUCCCUUCUCGCAUGCCCCCUUACCCAAAAAUAUUGCGCAACUUGGAGGAAGUUCGUCGAGUCUUGGGUUCGUCGCGAGCUCUCACACUUGCGGAAAAGAUCCUCUACGCCCAUCUGGCCAACCCCGAGGAGUCAUUGUUAACCGGCACGGAUAAUGGACGUGACAUUCGCGGCAAGGCGAACUUGAAGCUGAAGCCGGACCGUGUGGCGAUGCAAGAUGCAUCAGCCCAGAUGGCACUACUGCAAUUCAUGUCGUGCGGUCUCCCAUCCACCGCAGUUCCCGCCAGUAUCCACUGCGACCAUAUGAUUGUGGGCGAGCGCGGUGCAGACACAGAUUUGCCUGCAUCUAUCAAGGGCAACAGCGAGGUGUUUGAUUUCUUGGAGAGUGCCGCCAAACGCUACGGUAUCGAAUUUUGGCCCCCCGGUGCUGGCAUUAUCCACCAGAGCGUGCUGGAGAACUACGCCGCCCCGGGAUUGAUGAUGCUGGGUACAGACAGUCACACCCCGAAUGCAGGCGGGCUCGGCGCUAUCGCAAUUGGUGUUGGUGGUGCUGACGCCGUCGAUGCGCUGGUUGAUGCUCCUUGGGAGCUGAAGGCGCCUCGUGUCUUGGGUGUGCGACUGGAGGGUAAACUCAACGGUUGGGCUGCUCCUAAGGACAUUAUCCUGCAUCUGGCAGGCAAGCUUACCGUGCGUGGAGGAACGGGGUCCAUAAUUGAGUAUCAUGGACCCGGUGUGGAAACUCUUAGCUGCACAGGUCAAGCUACUAUUUGCAACAUGGGUGCUGAGGUGGGCGCCACGACUUCGGUGUUCCCCUUCUCUCCUAGCAUGGUCCCAUAUCUACAGGCGACGCAUCGUGGAGAUGUAGCUAGGGCAGCCGCCGAUAUCGCCGCUUCAGGCCCCAAGAAUCUACUUCGCGCCGACGAUGGCGCCGAAUACGACCAGCUAAUUACUAUUGACCUGUCAACACUGGAACCACAUAUCAACGGACCAUUUACGCCGGAUCUGUCCGUCCCCCUGUCUGCCUUUGCCGAUACCGUUCGCGAGAAGAAGUGGCCCGAGACUUUCGGAGCUGGCCUGAUCGGAAGCUGCACGAACAGCUCUUACGAGGACAUGACCCGUGCUGAGGACCUAGUCAAGCAGGCCUCUGCUGCCGGUCUCAAACCCAAGGCGGAUUUCUUCAUCACCCCAGGCAGUGAGCAGAUUCGAGCGACCCUUGACCGCGACCAGACGCUUUCUACCUUUGCCUCCGCCGGCGGUACUGUCCUGGCUAAUGCAUGCGGGCCAUGCAUUGGUCAGUGGAAGCGGACUGAUGGCGUCGCUAAGGGCGAAGAUAACGCCAUCUUUACUUCCUACAACCGCAACUUCCCCGGCCGUAAUGACGGUAACCGCCAGACAAUGAACUUCCUUGCCUCUCCGGAGCUUGUCACAGCACUGGCGUACUCUGGCCGCACUACCUUUAACCCUAUGACUGACAGCUUGACGACCCCAAGCGGUGAGGAGUUCCGGUUCGAGCCCCCGACUGGCCACGCCCUGCCCGGAGAUGGCUUCGAGGAUGGCAACCCUAACUUCCAGCCCUCCGCGGCGGUCCCCGACGCAAGCUGCGAAGUGGUUGUUUCUCCCACUUCGGAUCGACUGGCCCUGUUGGAGCCAUUUGCGCCGUUCCCUAAGGGCAACCUGUCCGGCUUGAAAGUGCUCUACAAGGUCAAGGGCCAAUGCACGACGGAUACCAUCUCCGCCGCUGGCCCAUGGCUGAAAUACAAGGGUCACCUUCCCAACAUCUCCGCCAACACUCUGAUCGGUGCUGUCAACGCCGCGACUGGUGAGACCAAUGUUGCCUACGACGAAGCCGGCAAGCAGUACUCCAUCCCUGACCUGGCCGCGCAAUGGAAGGCUGAGGGCAUUGAGUGGCUGGUGGUCGCCGAGGACAACUACGGUGAGGGUAGCGCACGUGAACAUGCCGCACUGCAACCCCGCUACCUGGGUGGACGCAUCAUUCUCUCCAAGAGCUUUGCUCGUAUCCAUGAGACCAAUCUCAAGAAGCAGGGUGUCGUGCCUUUGACUUUCGAGAACCCCGCCGACUACGACCGCAUCGACGCAUGCGACCAGGUAGACACGGUGGGAUUGUACGAAACCCUGCAGGCAGGCGGACAGGGCUCUAUCAAGCUGCAGGUGACCAAGCGGACGGGCGAGACAGUGGAGAUCCCAGUAAAGCACACUCUGAGUCCGGAUCAGAGUGCAUUUAUCCUGGCAGGAAGUGCAUUGAACUUGUUGGCGCAAAAGGCGGGAAAAUCUGAUUAGAGUAUACAUAUACCACUGCUUAAUUAUUUAAA